CAGAAGCGUUUGGGAUAAGUGACCACAAAUGUGUUCUAUCUCCUUGGCAUGUUGUGGAAUUGGACACAAACUGGAAUAUAUUUGACUGAUCCUUGGAAAUCUUGUGUUGCUGGAGAGAAGAGAGCUUUUGCAGAGAGCUGGAGAGCGGAGGUAGAGGAGGGUGGAGGUGUACUGGAUGGGGGCUACAGUCGGGCCUGAUGGCAGGAGACCAGAACACAGUGAGCUCUAAUCACAUCCUCUAGGAGCCACCGGGGUGCCACAGUUCACUAGGAGACACUGAAAAGGUCGUGUGCCCAUGAGGUCGUCUAUGCUGGCCCUGCUCCUCUUCUUUAGUGCCCAGGCUGUGGCCACCACAGGAGGAGACUCGUGUGCCACCAGGACCACACAGCAGCAGGAUUCGGACCACAACCACAACACCGUCCCCACAGUGGACCCCAAGCUCUUCAACAAGCGGCGCUACCGUUCACCCAGGGUGCUCUUCAGCGCUCAGCCCCCUGAUGCGGAGCCGGCGGAGUCACAGGGUGGCAGCAGAAGGACCCGUAGAAGAGCUGGGGGGUCUCUGCACCGCGGGAUGUACUCGGUGUGUGAGAGCAUCAGCGUCUGGGUGGGCAACAAAACCAAAGCCACAGACAUCUCAGGAAAUGAGGUGACAGUUCUGCCAGAUGUAAAUAUCAACAAUGUCAACAAGAAGCAAUAUUUCUUUGAGACGACAUGUCACAGCUCGCGCUCAGGUGGCUCGGGCUGUUUAGGAAUCGACGCAAAACACUGGAACUCCUACUGCACCAACUCACACACUUUUGUACGAGCGCUGACUUCUUUUAAGAACCUGGUGGCAUGGAGACUCAUACGCAUUAACGUGGCCUGUGUGUGUGUGCUCAGCCGCAAGUCAUGGCGGCAGUGAAGAAAUUACCGGCACAUCACACAAACAAACUCUCUCUCAGUUAAAUACAGAACAUAACACUCAUACAUGCCACACAGACAUGCAGAAAGUGGUGUUUUCUGUAGAAAUCCUCACCAAAGAUUUAUCACACCCUGCACAAAGUAAAUUAUUGGUGUAUGUCAAAGUAUCAGGACUGCAUGUAUAUAUACACCAGGCCUGGGUCAAAUUGUAUCUGCAGUUAAUUUGUAGGUAUACUUCUAAUGGAGAACCAAGCUUUAAGAAGCUGCUGCGUCACAUGCUAUCUGACUUUGAUGACUGUGGUAAACGUCUGGUUCACCUUGUCGAGCCUUAAAAUUCAGCUGCAUGUAAAGAAGGGCUGAACAAUGUAAGAAUAUACAGCUCUGGAAACAAAUAAGAGAUCACUGCAAAAUUAUUACUUCCUCUGAUUUGACCAUUUAUAAGUAUGCAUUUGAGUAAAAUGAACAUUUUUGUUUUAUUCUCUAAACUACCAACAACAUUUCUCCCAAAUUCCAAAUAAAAAUAUUGCUAUU